UCUAUUUCUUUUAUCAUCUUCCUAGUGUCAAUUAAGGAAAUAACAGUCAUUUUCUUUUAUAAGCACUGUAUCAUCAUGCGAGUGGUGGUGCUUUGGUUUGUUAACAGCUGAUAUGAGAGGAUUCUAGGGGCAAUUUCGUAAUUUCAUACAAAAAGCACGGCUGUACCUAUAAGUCACUGCAAGUUGCGCCUCUCUCUUCUCGUUCUUCUCAGUCGCCAUCCUCUGCACACACAAGAAAGAAAAAAUUCUCCAUAAAAUAAGAAAGAGAAAAAAAUUCUCCGGGAAAACGAAAGAAGAAGGAUCUCGCGGAUAGGUUAAUCCAAAACACCUCUCUCUCUUUUUUUGGUUGAAAACGGAAGGAAAUGAAGAGCUGUGAGCUCUGCAAGUUGGCGGCCAGAACGUAUUGUGAAUCGGACCAGGCGAGCCUUUGCUGGAACUGCGACGCUAAAGUUCACGGAGCCAACUUCCUCGUGGCGAGACACGUGAGGUGUCUUCUCUGUCACACGUGCCAGUCUGUCACUCCGUGGAGAGCCGCUGGUGCCAAGCUUGGUCACACGGUCUCCGUCUGCGAGAGGUGCGUCAACGGCGGUGAUCGAGAAGAGAGCGAAGCAGAAAAUGACGACGAAGACCACGAUGACGAUGAUGAUGAUGAAGAAGAAGAAGAAGUUGAUUCUGACGAUGACGUGACAGUUGAUGAUGAUGUGGAGGAGGACGGAGAUAAUCAGGUGGUGCCGUGGUCCACAGUAGCAAUUACGCCUCCACCGACAUCCAGUUCAUCUAGUAGCGAUGAUUCUUCUGGUGGUGAAAGAGAGGUCUCUGAAUCAACAAAUUUGUUUUCGUUGAAAAGAUUGAGAGAAAAUGCUUCAGAUCUUCGCUCUCAGGAUGAUCCGGAUCCUUCACCUUCUAAACGAAAGUACGGUUAUCGUACUGUUUGGGCGACUCGGUGCAGACCAGAUGACGACGCCGUUUCUGUUGACUCUGUGAGGCUGUUGAAAAACCAACCGAUCCAACCGGAAGGUCCGCUUCAGUUUCAGGCCGAUUCGAGUCCGAGAGGCGCAGCGAGUACGGAGUCUUUAGGAAAAUUAGAGCCUGAUAAAAUCCAGUGAAAAUGCCGAAUAUGUUUGUGAUUAUAAUCCCCUAGGCGAAGUGUAGCCGUCCGAUUUGAGUUCGUUUCCUCUGGUAUUUCUGAUGAUCUAACCUAUUCUAACAAUUGUCUUUGAUUAAUCUUUGACGGAAUGUUGACCGUGUAGUUAAUUUACGCUAGUGCUACUGCUAGUUUGAUCUCUUCUACGAUUUUAUAACUCUGAAUUUUUAAACGAUAAGCUGUGGAUUAUCAUCUUGGAGCGACGUCGUUGUACACGAAUUAUUCAUUUUGUAAUUAGUAGGGCUUAUUGGACAUUUCCUUGUUGUAAACGAAAAGGAUGGUAAAAAUGUGAAGACUGGGUGGCGGUGCUCCAAGGCAGCAGCCUUAAGGAUAUGUGUACAGAGUGUGAAAUCUAAAAAGCAAGUGGUGGUGCAGAGAAAGUGAGUGUGUCCCUUAAAUCUUUGAACGACGUCCACUCGUAGAAGGGCUACCCAACGUUUUCAUCAGUCCUAUGGAUGUCAGGGUUUGCCAGGGAAAUGCCAUGGACAGUCUCAAGGCACGUAUGCCUAUGAGUAAAGGCCUUCUUCAUACCUGAUAUAUGAUAUUAUCCCCUGGAGGGGGACCGCUGCCCCCUGUCCCUCUGUCAAGGUUGUAUGUGGCUGCCCCUUGAAAUUGGAAAAUUCUGAAUAUAGCUAGGUAGCUAGCUAGCUAGCCUCCUGCGUGUGAAGCACUUCCAGCCUCACAUCCCCAAGAAUGAUUAACCCAGAGAGAAAGCCGUAACCCUGGUGGUGUACGUACUUGUAUAUUUGCCUAAAAUGCUCAUUACAUGUUCCCGCACGUCUUUUGUUGGAGUGUUCUCAUUGAGCAGGAUGAACAGGUGUGUGUCAGUCUAUGAGAGAACUUUGGGGAUGGUGGUUGCAACCAGAGGAGAGUUGUUUUAUAUGGGAUGUAGCUUUGUUUCUGGGGUAUUCUCUUUUUCAAUUUCUUGGUUUUCUUGUUGGGAUGUGGUUUUGUUGAAGUCACUUUAUUUAACAUCGCGUUGGGAAGAUAUUUUGUUUUUUUUAAAAUAAUUUCUAGGCAAAUAUCUGGGAGCUUAUGACCUCUCACCACCACCAGGAAUUUAAUGCACUAAACAAAGGAUUUCUAUCUUUCUUUCA